AUGUCCUCCUCCUCCAGCCGCGGCCAGCGCGCCUCCCGCAGCCGCAAGCGCGAGCGCGACGCCGCUUCGCCGCGCGCGCCAGCGCUCCUCCGGAUCGACGGCGGUUCGGCGCUGCCGGCUCGCGUGGUCAAGCUCUGGCAGCAGGGCGAGGUGUGCGACGCCACGGUCGUCGCGCAAGGGCGCGAGUUCCCCGUGCACCGCUGCGUGCUCAUGGCCGCCUCUGAGUUCUUCGACGGCGCCUUUGGCUCGGGCCUUGCGGAGAGCGCCUCGACGCGCGUGUCGCUCGACAGCGUGGAGGCGAGCGCGCUCGAGCCCAUCCUCGAGUACGUCUACACCGGCGAGUGCCAGGUCGACGAGGCCGCGCUGCUGACGCUGCUGCAGGGAGCCUCCUUCUUGCGCGUGGGGCCGCUCAUCGCUGCGAUCGUCGCUCGGCUCGAGGACCGGCUGACACCAGACAACUGCCUCGACCUGUGGGCCUUUGGCGAGGCGCACACCCUCCUCGCGCUGGUGGAGGCGGCUCGCGUCGCGGCGCUGCGCGGCUUCGAUGCGGCGGCGGCGAGCGCGGCCUUUCUUCACCUCCCGCACGCGCGGCUGCUCGAGCUGCUGCAGGACCCGCGCCUCGAGGCGUCCCGCGAGGAGAGCGUGCACGAGGCGGUGCUCGCUUGGGCAAAGGCGCAGCGGCCCGCUCCGGACGAGGAGGCGCUGCUGCCGCUGCUGCGCACCGUGCGCUACCCGCUCGUGGCGCGCGACUUCUUCGAGCAGACGGUGAUGGCCGAGCCGCUGCUGCACAGCGGCACGCUCGCCAUCAAGCUGUUCGGCUCGGCGUUUGUCGACGUCGCGUUCGGGCCGCGGAUCGGACGCCGCCCCGGCUUUGGGCCCUCGCGGCCACAGCUCACGUGGUCUUCGACGCACAAGGGCGAUGGCAUCGUGCUGUUGGACGCGGGGCUGCUCGCCAUCGGUGGUGAAAGCGAGGGCGAGGUCGUUCGCAGCGCCGAGCCACUACCCGCAACGGGCAAACAUCUCGUGGAGGUGGUCUACGAGCAAGGCUUGGCGUCCGCGGCGACCACAAACCUUGGCGCGUGCUACUUCACCGGCGUCGUGAGCGCAGACGUUGACACCUUUCGCGAAAUGGAUGGGGACGAGAACUUGGCGCACCUGGCUCAUGGCUUUUGGGGCAUCGAUGACAUUGGCGAUGGGGGCGAGACAACCGGCGUUCGUCGCGGCAAGGGCGGUGAGGAGGGGGCGCCGCCUGCAGCUUUGGUCGACCUUGGCACAUCACAAGAGCGAGGACUCUUCGUCCGCGGUGACCGCCUCGGCCUGCUCGUGGACAUGGACGAGCGCACGCUCACGUUCCACCGCAACGGCGACCCGAUCCCGUCGCUCGUGCUCGGCGGGCUGCCCGAGGAGGUGUACGUCGUGGCCACGCCGUACAACACGGGCUCGCGAGUCCGAAUUGUGCAAUCGGACUGA